CUAUUGUUUUUACUUUUCCCCCACUUCUUUCUUUCCGGCAACCGAAAAUCAUUUCAAUUUCGACCUUUCCUUCCUUUUUCUUCUUCAAAUUCAACUUAGCAUUGCCGCCGAAACUGCAAUACCAUUGUCUCUCUCAAUUCAAAUCUGAAACAAACAACGAAGUGGUUCACGAACCGAGUUCAAUUUCAGAGAACGAUACAGUAAACAUGAACGUGAAGAACGCAGGAUCAUCGUUGGAUUCAUUGAUAACUUCCUUCAAUGCUCGCAUUUCACAGCUUCAAGAACUCGUCAUAGCGAGAAACAUGUACCCGGCGAGCAGCAUCGCCGAUCUCUCGGCGGUGGAUGCGGCUGUGACUUCCAUGGAGCUUCAGGUGCAAGCCAUCAAGGACCGUUUGCGUGAAGAGACAGAAGCCAUUCCCAAAACCAAGAAGCUGAUUGAUGCAUCGCUGCGGCAGCAAAAGAAACUGCAGAAUAUGUCUCUGCAUGUUCCAUACCAAAUGCCUGAUAAAAUGGCAAUUUCAAAUUUGGAAACUAGUAGAUGUUUGUUUCCUGAAUUUUCUGGACAAGUCUCUGGAUCAUUUGAGGCUCUGAAACUUGAUGAAGAGCCUGCAGCAUUACCUAAGGAGAAAAAAGGUCGUGGUGCUCCGCCAAUGUGGUAUGUUACUGGAAGUGAACUAGAUUCCUUGUCAUCAUACAUGAGAGGUAGGCUUACUCUAGAGAAGGUGAACGCAGCAAUCACUGAUAUGGCAUCUUAUGCUGAAGCGAAUGCUCAACUUAUCACAGCCCCCAAAAAGAAGUUGGCGGAAAAUCUUUGGGAAAAAGCCCUGGAAAUAAGAGAUAUUGCAGGCAUGGAAGGGAUCAAGGGAAAACAUUUUUUUCUUGAAGUGGACAUAAAAGGACCAUCACUGAAACUUGACAACACUGGAAAAGCAAUAUUGACGGUUCUUCGUCACCUUGGCCGCAUUAAUGAGACUCGUGUUGGACAUCAUCGUGUCAUCAUUCUACAAAAGCCUCACUAGAUAGCCUGACUAAUCUCAGAUUUCUCUCACCCAGUCACCCCGAUAUGUGUGUACAAGAAGAAUUUAAAAGGGUCAUAUAUAGGUUUAAGAUUGAGAGUGAAAUGCUAGAAUCUCUAUCUUUUAAGCACAUUCAACUCACUGCAACUUUUAUUUGUGGAAGUAUAAGGUAGUGAACUUUAGUUGAGGUUGUCUUUUGUGGGUUCAUUGGCUGUUGUAGUUAAACAAAAUUCUUUUGGUGAAAAUGGUGAUUCUGUGAUGUAACAAAGGCUUAACAAUGACAAAGAUAUGACUUAUUUACCUAAUAAUUUAAACACCCUUUGUGAUUUCA